AUGAGCACAGAGGAGGGAGAGGCGGGUCCAGCUUGUGGGGAGGCGAGGGGAGGCACCACCAUCACCCACAGCCACACCUGGGAUGAAGGCGAACCGCACGGCUCCCAAGGACGUCGGCACCCCGAAGAUGAGGACGAGGCUGAGCAGGGAGAGGAGGAGGAGGACGGAGAGGGCUGCCGGGAGGCCCGGAGCUGCAGGGAUGCAUGUGAGGGGAACAGCGGGGGGAAUUUUUCCAGUGAGGAUGGGGCGGUGGGGGGCAGAUCGUGCAAGGAGCAGACGAUGCAUUCAAACUGCAGCAGCGAGACCUGCAUCCCCACUCCCAGCUGCCGGAUCUGCUUCCAGGGCGCAGAGCAGGGUGACCUGUUGAACCCGUGCCGCUGUGACGGCUCGGUGCGUUACACCCACCAGCACUGCCUGCUGAAGUGGAUCAGUGAGCGCGGCUGCUGGACCUGCGAGCUCUGCUGCUACCGCUUCCACGUCAUCGCCAUCAACAUGAAGACACCUUGGCAGUGGCAGUCCAUCACCAUCACCCUGGUGGAGAAGGUGCAGAUCAUCGCCGUGUUCCUGGGUUCUCUCUUCCUGGUGGCCAGCAUCUCUUGGCUGCUGUGGUCGGCUCUCAGCCCGCAGGCCGUCUGGCAGCGCCGUGACGUCCUCUUCCAGAUCUGCUACGGCAUGUACGGCUUCAUGGACCUGGUCUGCGUAGGCUUGAUCGUCCACGAGGGGGCAGCAGUGUACAACGUCUUCAUGCGCUGGCGGGCCGUUAACCUCCACUGGGACGUUCAGAGCUACGAUAAAGCAAAGGACAUGGAGGAGACGAGCACCGGCCAUUCCUCGCUGUCCCCCAGGACGCUUUGGUUGCCUCUGGCCACCUUUGGGCCCAACGGCCCCUUACACGCCACCCAGCUGGGGCCACAGCCAUGGACCUGCCUCUGUUUGGCCCCCUUCUGCCCCGGCCUGGUGCCCCGAAACAACCUCAGCCAGGACAGUGACUCAGGAGAGGUCGUCAUUCGUGUAACAUCGGUGUAA